AUGUCUAAUGACGCUGAUGAAGGUCCGCUAGGGUUCGAUAGGGUCCGCUCAGUUACUGACAAUGUACAGAUUCGUCGAAAGAGACUUCAGAAAUUAGGCGGUAGCUCGUCCUCGAGCUCAGUGGCUUCUGGUGCUGAGAAUAAAGCAGUUGCAGGUGCAUCUCCCACUGUGAAUAGCCAACCUACUAUCCCGUCGCCAGUUAUCAAAGCUCAAACCGCUAGUACCAGCAGUCCUGCUACAUCUAUCGAAAGCUCUCCUGCUGGCUCUAGUACUCCUUCUGUUUCAGUGCCAGCUUCAAUUCCACAUUCAACACCUGCUACCACCCCAGCUGCUGCCACUCCGGCUGUUACCACACGUCCUCAGAUGAGCUGGAAGGAAUGGCAAAAUAAAACCAUCCAGGAUGUGCUGCAAGUGUCUCUCACGCCGCGAAGUGACUACUGUGUUUUACAGUCAGUAGCUGACGAGUUAAGUUCGGAAAAUGCCGAGCUUGUUUUCACAAAAGAGCUGUUGGAUCAGGUAUUCUGGAGCCGUUUGACUGAACAGAAAUGUCUUCCUUCUGUAUUUGAUUAUCUUCUUGGCUGCUGGACUCGUGCUGCCAGUUCCAGACGUCUUUUAAAGCCCAAGCAUGGUGUGAAUCCCCCUGAUUACGAAGAGAAGUUAUCUCUAUUGAAUGAGAUUCAGAAUUUUUCAGUUAAUUUCGCAGUCAUUUCUGGCACUGCUGAUGCGGAUGAGGGUACAGGGCUUUAUUCAAAUAUUGGCGAAAGACUAUUAUCUAAAGCUAGUUCAAACAGGUCACCAUUGCCAUGGGAAUUUAUAGACGCCGUUAUUGCUCGUGCUGAAGAGCAAGAGCUAACAACUGUGCUUCUUGGAGGUGUAUUUUCUCAGCUAACUAAGUUGGGUGCUAAGAUUUUUCCACCAGAUCUCACUACAACAUUAAUAGAUUAUAGACCAUAUUUCACGGUUCUUGAGAAUCUUACCUCCAUUAAGCUUGUCGCAAGCUCAUUACCACUGCUGGACAACUUUGAAAUCUCGGAAAAGACUGUAGUACCUCCUCCACCAACACCACCAUCCAAUCCUCCAGUUCCAUCUGUACAUCCAACUGAAGCCUCACAAAUCAUAACAAACACAAUCCUGGGCCCCUUUUUUGCGACGUCCCCAAUUGACCCGCCAUUUUGCUGGGGUAACUUCACCAAUCCAGAAAUAAUGUCACAGCCAGAAAUUGAUCGGGUAGCAAUUGAUAUUCGAGCCGAACUGAAGGUCGUUCAAGAGCGGUUGUUUUUCAUUUGUGAUAAAAUUGUUCGUGCUUCUCCGGCGUCACGGCAAGCUCUUCUUGAAUACUUUGGCAAGAUUCUCGACUUGAACCACAGACGUACUGCUAUGCAAGUAGACCCCAAAACCGUAUCUCCAGAUGGAUUCAUGCUGAAUAUAACGUACGUUCUAACCAAGUUCAGUGAACCGUUUGCUGACUUGUACGGAACUAAACUCGACAAAAUUUCCAAAGACUACUAUAGUCAUGACCCGGUGCUGGACAUUUCUGAAGAAACCAAGAUCGCUAGUGAUAUCCAGGCGUCAAAUGAGUAUUACAAGGUCUCUGCAUCUACUACCAAUGUCAAUUUCAUUUCGCAUUGUUUUUUCCUGACUCUGGGUUAUUUCCAUUAUGGAUUGGGUGGUACAAUUCAGUCCAGUUCAAGACUAAAGAAUAUCAUUGAAGACCUGAAGCAUCAUAUUGCGAGAAUCGAAGCCGAACUACCACGUUUCGAAAAUACUCCUCGCAUCAAUUUUAUCAAGAACGCACUUGACAAUGCUAGAUUGCAACUUAGACAAGCUCAGGGACUUCGAAUUUCUAGUCAAUGCGUGCUAUACGAUAUGGACCAGCAAUCAGUGUAUCUUGAAAUGGCUGCCUUCCAGCUUAUGUUUUUAAUCCAUGUUGCCAGCCUGUCUCAGUAUCCACCAGCUUCUAACCUGGCAUUGCCGUUCCAGAACAACAUAGGACCCGACAUUUUCAUCAACUACCCAGAAUAUCUCAUCGAGGCACCUAUUUCACUAGCUCUGUAUAUCUCGCGCUACCUGCCUCAUAUCCUGGUGAAGAAUUCGCAUACUCAUGUUCCAUUGGUUAACUUUUGUGUGACAUUUCUCUCAAAUACCGGCUAUAUCAAAAAUCCGUAUCUGAAAGCUAAGCUAGUGGAGCUGCUUUUCUACGGAUCUAUUGAUUAUCAGAACGGACAAAAGGGAUACUUUGUAAACAUUUUCGACUCUGACCCUCUGUGUCAUAAGCAUCUUCUUCAUUCGUUGAUGAAUUUCUAUAUUGAAGUCGAGCAAACUGGAGCGUCUUCGCAAUUUUAUGACAAGUUCAAUACCAGGUACUACAUCUCGCAGAUUAUCAAGUGUAUCUGGGCCAACAGCAUUUAUCGCGCAAAUCUAGCAAAGGAAAGUGAACAAGACGUCGACUUUUUUGUUCAUUUUGUGGCUCUUCUUUUGAAUGACGCCACUUACCUUCUGGACGAGUCGUUGGCCAAAUUGGGUGAAAUCCACAAACUUCAAAAGGAACUUCCUGCUGUGGCAAGUCCUGAAGAAGACCAAGAGACAACUGAAAAACGAGGCCAGUUAGAACAGGCCGAGAAACACGCCACUUCGUAUAUGCAGCUCACAAACCAGACAGUGGUCCUUUUGAACUUGUUCACAUCAGCAAUUCCCAAAGCAUUUGUCACUCCGGAGAUUGUCGACAGGUUUGCAGCCAUGCUCAACUACAACUUAACUGCGCUCGUUGGACCAAAGUGUCGGGAACUAAAAGUGCAGAAUCCUGAGAAAUAUGGAUUCAAUCCUCGCGAACUGUUGUCACGAAUCGUAGACGUUUAUCUCAACUUACAGAAAGAAGAGCCUUUUAUCAAAGCAGUGGCUCGAGAUGGCAGAUCGUAUAAUCCAGCAAACUUUGAUCGAGCCGUCUCGGUACUGGGAAGAUGGGUAUUAAAAUCUCCUGCCGAACUUCAAACAUUGUCUCAACUAAGAGAAGCAGCAGAGCUCGUCAAGCAAGAAGACGAGCAGGGUGAAUUAGAGCUCGGUGACAUUCCAGAUGAAUUCCUCGAUCCACUAAUGUACACGCUAAUGGAGGAGCCAGUCAUCCUACCCUCUUCGAAAGUCACUAUUGACCUCGGUACUAUCAAGUCUCAUCUGCUCAGUGAUGCAAAAGACCCGUUCAACAGAGCUCCACUCACAAUCGAGCAGGUUAUCCCCAAUACUGAGCUGAAAGAAAAGAUCCAGGCAUUCAAGAGAGAGCAACGAGAAAAGUACCUCGCUGCUAGGAGCAACAUGGACACUUCCUCGUAG